GAUUUGUUGAAGUUGAAACACCUAUAUUAUUUAAAUCAACAUCUGAAGGAGCAAGAGAAUUUAUAGUACCAACAAGAACAAAAGGGUCAUUUUAUGCAUUAACACAAAGUCCGCAACAAUAUAAACAAUUACUCAUGGCAGGAGGAAUUGACAAGUAUUUUCAAAUGGCGAAAUGUUUUCGUGACGAAGAUCUUAGAACUGAUAGACAACCGGAAUUUACUCAAAUUGACUUGGAAAUGUCAUUUGUGAAAGCAAAUGAAAUAAGGUCGUUAAUUGAAAAAAUGUUGAUAAAAGUAUGGGAAAAGGUUCUUGGGGUAGAUUUAAAAAAUAAGAUACCAUUCCCGAGAAUUACCUUCAAAGAGGCCAUAAGCAAAUUUGGGUCUGACAAGCCAGAUACACGUUAUAGCAUGGAAAUCAAAGAUAUUUCAUCAUUUGUAUUUGAUCCUUUGGAUCAAUCCGGAUAUUGUGCUGAAUGUUUAGUUGUCAAAAAUGGUGCCAUAUUAUUAA